UUGACUGACACUUUGGCAACCUACUGUCAAUUAAAAGAAAAAUAUUUUUACAAUUUACUUUUUCAAUUUUGCAGUGAAAAAUAAAAUUUCUCUGCUUCGAAAAUCCAAUUACUAAAAAAUUUAACAUUCUAAAAUAUCACCAAACUAAAUUCCAAAGAAUUAUGUAAACAUUCAAGCGUUCAAAAUCACAAACAACUUUUGCAAUUUAUCUCAAAUAAGAAAUUUUAUCUUCACCAAUUUCUAUCUCAAACAAAAACGAUGGACGACAAUUUGUGGUUAAUUGAAUUAGAGUCAGCCUUGCUGGACGAUUGCAAUGUGAACGAUAUCUAUGCGAUAUGCGGUGGCAAGGCAAUACCUGAGUCACUGCGACCGGACGUGUGGCAAGUGUGUCUGGACGUGAGAAACAAAUCCGACCAGAUGUCGCUCUUCAAUGAGAUCUACGACUUGCCAUUUCAAAACAAACUACGAGAGGACUGCAACCGCAUGGUCGAACGCAUUGGCAACGACGACGAGGAUAAGGUAUCUGUUAUUUCGGACUUGGAGUCCAUCCUCACGUUCUACUGCAAGAACAGGAAUCUUCCAUAUGAGAGUGUGAACGGAUGGAUUGAGUUGUUGCUGCCUCUGUUGUCGUUGAAAUUGAAGCGAUCCGACACUUAUAAUCUCUUCGAGGCGAUUAGAGACACCUACAUCCCCAAAGGAUGCAUUGCCAAGGGUAAUGUUUUCCACGUUUUCCGAUUGCUCAUUCAAUACCACGACCCGGAACUCUGCUCAAUGCUGGAUACGAAGAAGAUUUCUCCCGACUUGUACUCGAUGCAAUGGUUCCGCUGUCUUUUUGCAUCUACGUGCAGCUUAAAUGUGAUUCUAUCGAUGUGGGACCUGUACUUCCAACACAGCGAUCCGUUUUUGGUGUUUUUCCUGAGUCUGAUAAUUUUGAUCAAUGGCAGGGAUCAAAUCCUGGCUAUGAAAAAUGCCCCCAAGGAGGAGAUUUUGCGGUUUCUGACCAACAUGCCGUGUGCUCUGGAAACCGAUGAUGUUGUUGACUUCUGUUCUCUGGCUCAGUACUACGGAUCAAAGACUCCGUCCUCAUUUAAGACAGAUUUCUUGAAGGCUUUGUAUGGGAAUCAGAGUAGUGCGAAGGAGGAGCAGUGUAGCGUUUCUCAAGCUCUUUGCUUGCCAGUAUCGGUUUAUGAACUAGUGGAGAACUCUUCGAUAGAAUUAACUGCCCCCGAGGCUGUGCGCUUCUUCUUGGUGGACUGUCGUCCUGCGGAGCAAUACAAUGCCGGGCAUUUGUCGACUGCUUUUCAUUUGGACUGCAACUUGAUGCUGCAGGAGCCAGUGGCAUUUUCUACUGCAGUGCAGGGGCUGUUGCGGGCACAACGCCAGGCCAUCGAGGCUAAUUCAAAUGCAGGAGGGGAGCACCUGUGUUUCAUGGGCAGUGGGCGCCUCGAUGAGGAUCAAUACACUCACAUGGUGGUGGCCUCAUUUCUGCAGAAGAACACCCAGUUUGUGUCUCUACUCUCCGGCGGCUACAUUUCCAUCCACGAAUACUUUGGCGAACACAUGGCCGACUGCCUCGAGGACCACGAACCCCGCAAGUGUAUUGUAUGUUUGAAAAAUUCCACCGCUCAAAUAAGCGCCCCUCCGAAGGUUGCACGCCAUGUGCCUGAGUCGAAGUCUACCAGUGAUUUGUUUAGUAAACUUUCGGCGGCCAUGAAAAUGAAGUCGGCCGAGGUUAAGGAAAAACUAAUGGACAUCAUCGUGAAUCCGAAUGCGGCAACAACACCAAACAGUAAUGUACAACACCAAAUCCCAGACAAGCAUGUUUCUCCAAGUGAGAAGAAUGGCAAGCGCUACAGAAAUGUCGCACCCGUCUUCAGCAUCGACGACGAAAACGACGACCAAUUCACGGAAACCGAGCAACUCGAUUCGCCGACCAAUUCAGCUGGAGGCAAUAGCCAAAGCAACUUAGGUCCCGAUGGCAAAGAAAUCGUAUCCAUAAACCAGUACUUAAAGUCACCAGACAUCAUAAAAGCCUUCAAGUGCCAAGAGGUGCACAUGAAUGGCUACAUGUACGACAGUCACUUAAUUAUAACCAGCUCACAUUUGGUGGUCUUGCGAGAGUUGAAUCGCGGCCAGGCUCAGGUGAUCGUGCGCCGACCACUUGCCAGCAUCGUCAAGAUCACAGCGAAGAAACGCCAUCGAGAUUUGAUCACCUUCAAGUACGGCUUCCCCGAUGGCGAUGGCCUGCUCAUCACCGACAUGGACCGUUUCCUCAUCCCAAAUGCAAGCGAGGCUACGGCUGUUGUGUCGAAACACAUCGUCCAAACUCUGGAUGGAGCCAAACUGACGUAAUUGAUGCAAGGAAGUUGAUAUAGUGUUUUUUCGUUUAAUCCUUUUUAUUUUUUUAAAUUAAAGCCUGUUGUUGAAAAUGUAAAUAAUUCUUAAGGUCCUUAAUGUAGAAGUUAGUUUUUUGAUUGAUUUCGACGCGCACCACAAAUGGGUUUUAUUUUUGUUUCUUUCCUGAUUUUUUUUCGGGAUCAGGAAGAAGCUCAAAUGUGGUGGCUUAUUUAGCAACCCAUUUAUUUUUUGUAGUUGAAGUAGUUUGUAUUUAACUCGGUAUUUAACCAUGGCCGCGUCUAGAAGGCGUGCAAGGUAGUGUCAAAUGCAAAACCAAUAUUUGACUAAAAAUAAAAUAUAUAUUUAAUAAAUUAUUAGUAAAACAAAAAAGAAUAAAACCAAGCUGAAUGACUUAUAUAAAUUAUGUAAAAUAACUUAAUACUUAACAAUUUUAGAGAAAAUAUACCUAUAAAACUUUUAACUGUAAACGUAGGAAAGACAAA